UACUCUUUGAUUGUGGGACUGCUAAGCAAAUAUUUGACAUGUUACAGUGAUUCAACAGUGAAUUGUGUUAAGGCAUUGCCAGAUAUUCUCUCCCUUUUAGAAAGGAAUGGAAUAGAGAAGGAGUCGUGGAACAACACAAGUUUCCGGACGACAUGGCAGUUAAGCAGGUCCGUGAAAGUGUUCUAGCAGAGGACAGUAUUAAGACAGGGCCGGACACUCCCUUUCUUUUAGAAGAAUGUGAGAAAGAGAAGGAGCCCUGGAAAUCUGUGUUAAAAAGGAAGGUGGGAAAAAAGUGUUCCUGCACUCCCGAUCGAGCCAAAGCCCUGCUUGUAGAUUCCAUCCCAAUUCUGAAAUGGCUGCCUCGCUACCGUUUCAAAGACUGGAUUAUUGGAGAUGCCAUGUCAGGUUUAAUCGUGGGCAUCCUGUUGGUUCCCCAGUCCAUCGCUUAUUCUUUACUGGCAGAACAAGAUCCUAUUUAUGGCCUCUAUACAUCAUUCUUCGCCAGCAUUAUCUACGCCCUGCUUGGUUCCUCCAGGCAUAUCUCAGUAGGGAUGUUUGGGGUGUUGUGUCUGCUGGUGGGGCAGGUAGUGGACAGGGAACUUACUCUGGCUGGAUACCCCUCAUCCACCAAUCAGACCUUUCCUGUAAAUGUGGAAAACAGCACCGGUCCAAUCUGUGACAGAAGUUGCUAUGCAAUCAUGGUGGGAGCGACGCUAACGUUCACAGCAGGUGUCUAUCAGGUAUUGAUGGGUCUCCUACAGGUUGGAUUCGUGUCAGUCUUCCUCUCUGACUCUCUGUUGAGCGGUUUUGCUACCGGCGCUUCUCUCACCAUCCUCACAUCCCAGAUAAAGUAUUUUUUGGGCCUUCAUCUUCCUCGGGUCCAAGGCUGGGGCUCACUCAUAAGAACCUGGAUCAGUCUUUUCAAGAAUCUGGGUCAUACCAACGUUUGUGACCUCGUAACCAGUAUCCUCUGCUUGCUCGUGCUUGUGCCGACCAAGGAGCUUAAUGACCGCUUCAAGGCAAAGCUCAAAGCUCCAAUCCCCUUUGAGCUCUUUGUGGUCAUUGCUGCUACUCUAGCUUCCCAUUUUGGUCAGUUCAAUGAAAAGUACGGGUCCGAUGUAGCCGGACACAUUCCCACCGGGUUUAUGACUCCACAGUUACCAAACUGGUCUCUCAUACCCAACAUAGCUGUCGACGCAUUCUCAAUAGCCAUUGUUGGUUUUGCCAUUACCGUGUCUCUGUCUGAGAUGUUUGCCAAAAAGCACGGUUAUGUGGUGGACGCUAACCAGGAGAUGUAUGCUCUGGGGUUUUGUAAUAUCAUCCCAUCCUUCUUCCGUUGUUUCACGACCAGUGCUGCUUUGACCAAGACUUUGGUGAAGGAGUCGACUGGUUGCCAGACCCAGCUCUCAGGGUUGGUGACUGCUCUAGUGCUGCUGCUUGUCCUGCUUGUUAUUGCCCCUCUUUUCUACUCGUUGCAGAAAUGUGUGUUGGCCGUCAUCAUAGUUGUCAACCUCCGCGGAGCGCUGCGAAAGUUCGGAGACAUUCCCCAAAUGUGGCAUGUAAACCGCGUAGACGCUAUCAUCUGGCUGGUUACAAUGGCUACCUCAGCAUUAGUGAACACUGAGCUGGGCCUACUAGAUGGAGUUCUGGUAUCUGCGUUCUGCGUGUUAGGCCGAACACAGUGUGCACAGGUCCUUCAGCUUGGCCAGGCUGGAGAUUACGAGCUAUUUGAGGACCUUGAGUCAUAUAAGGGCCUUCAUACCCAACCAGGGGUGGCUGUUUUCCGCUACGAGGCUCCCAUCUACUACGCCAACCAAGCCCUGUUUAAAAAGUCACUGUACCGAAAAGUGGGCCUGGAUCCACUCAAAGAAAAGGCCAGGCGUAAGAAACUGGACAAGCGGAAGAAACAGGAACAGGAUGGAGAAGAACAAAAUGGAGAGAUUGAAGUGUCCACCAAUGUGUUUUUAGUACAACACACAACUUUUCAUACGUUAGUCAUAGACUGCAGUACGGUGCUGUUUCUGGACACUGCUGGAGUCAACGCUUUGAAAGAGGUUUGCAAGGACUACAAGGAGCUGGGUGUGUGUGUACUUUUGGCGCAGGUCAACACGUCUGUUGUUGAUUCUUUGAGGAGGGGAGGCUACUAUGACCCAAAGAAUGAGACCAAAGAUGUACAGUUUUUCACUGUUGGCAAUGCCAUCUCAUAUGCCCAAAGCUUGAAGUCACAUAAUGGUGAUUGUGACACUGUUGUGUAAUGCUCUGUGUUGAUUUAUAAAAAGUUUGCAAUUAAUAUUGGCCUCUUUUGACAUCAUACAGAGAUUUAUAUAUAACUCUAGAAUAAUAUAAAUGAAUUUGAUGAUCUCUGUAUAAAUUUAUGGACAAUCUUGUGUUUACAGCAUGCUUGCAGUUGAAAACCAAACCAUUACGUGUUUCAUUUAUGUACUGUGUAGUACUUUUACUCACCAAAUUACAAAUGUUAUCCUUAAAUUUUAAAGGUCUUUUGUAGGGCUGCACGAUAAUUUAUCGCGAUACCACAAAAUUCUAUUGAAAUCAAGCUGGCUGCGAUAUGCAAUGUGUCGAUAUUUUUUUAAUGUGUAGCUUGUCCGUGAAGCACGUCUCUGGGAUCAGUAGGAAAUGCUGCUCGAUCUAAAAGCAGUGCGAGUUUGAGUCGCUUAUAAUGUGCAUUUGACAAAGCAACACCCGUCAAACAUGAUCAUUAUAAAUAUACUUUAUUAUCAUAAAAAUACCCGAUGAGACUUGAGGAACUGUAAUAAAAAGAUAUCCAUAGGCAUUUCUAGAUUCAUAGGAUUCUAGAACGUGUUAUGGUCUUCUUAUGCAGUGCGUAUUUGGAGUUUCCGCACGAGAGCGCCCUCUGGCUUUCGGAUGUAGCAGCAUUUUCCCGUACUUAAAAGCUGUGAAUAAAUCACGUGAUAUUUAUCGUCGGUUUAUUGCGACAGCCCUGUAUCUCACGGCCUUCCCCUAGUCCUAAGCUUGAGCAGAAAGAAGUUAAUGGCGUAAUGCUAAAUAGUUGAACACAUUUGAAUUGUUUAUGCUUUGUUUUCAAUGGCCCAUUCUCAUGAAUAGAAUUUGUUUAUGCUAAAGCGUCUAUGUUUACUUUUAUGAUCUUUUUCCACAUUCAGUUUGUUGCUCAUGCUACAGCCUACAGCCAGAAUUGUGUAAUAUAAUUUCAUUUGUGACAUUUACUCAGCUUCAUGGGUAAUUGGUAAUGGGUAAUGCAUGUUGAAUGACUAUAAAGCCUGGGUACACUAGAGAUUGUAGCCUGGACGAAAGUUUAACUCUUUCAGCCAGUCACCAGAUAUUUACUCAAAUUUAGGAGCAUCAGCGAGUGUGCCCAUGUGCCUUGUCACUAUGGCAGCUUUUAGAAAAUGAGGCCUUUGUUACUUAACUAAAGGCUUUUCUCAAGGCACGCCCAGCAAAUUUGGCGAGGACUUUUUGGGCCCUGUGUUUUUGUAUAGUAAGGUGGCCUCGGGUAGAUCAUGUUUUUGCAUUCAUGUCUUACCGGUUCCACAAGUCUUAAGGAACAGGAAGUACCACAGGAUGAUCAGGAGGGAGGUUUCCAACAGUUAAUGCAUACUAAACUCGACGCUUAGGGAACUAAAGACAAUCUGUCUAUCUGUUGAGUGAACUGGAGAGCAGGGGUAUAAAUACAGAUGAUUUUUCAAAAAUGCCUUAAUAAAGUUUGUACACAAAUAGAAAUACACAUGUUCAUGUAAAAUGUAUAUUUUAUGCGUUAUAGUGCAGAUUAGGAAUUACAGUAGUGUUAUUACCUUAUAUUGUGGCUAUGGUGGUAGUUCAAGGCCUUUAUAUUUCUUCUAAGUGUUUAUGCUUUGGACACUGUUUAUUAUGGUGCGCUAAGAUUUGUAACAAAUUGCAGGGCCUUCACUCAUCAUUGUAUGCUCUAUGCUCGUGUUGGUUGGUCUGCUUUGUCCAGACUAAAACACAUGCAUGUCUUUAUAUAAAUCUAUCUUAGGUGAGCUUACCUCUUAUUUGCAGAUAAAAAGCAUGUAGGGAGAUAUAAUCUUCGGUCAGAGGAACAUUUUUUGCUGUCUGUUCCGAGAGUGUGAACCGAAAUAGGGAAAAGGGCAUUUAAAUUUGCUGCUCCCACCGCAUGGAACAACUUGCAAAAGUUAACUUAGUGAGCUGGUCUCAAUGAAUGUUUUUAAAGUGAUGUUAAAUGAACUGGAAACAGAAACUGCUUGUAGGUGCUUUGUUUAAUUUGAAUGUGAUUUAAUUUGUUUGCGUAAUGUGUGUAUGUAUGGAUGGAUCUUGCUUAUGAACCCACAUGUGCUAUGUUGCUAAAAUCUUGGCUAGGACGCUCUUGUAAGAGAGAUUUUAAAUGUCAAUGUGCUUUUCCUGGUAAAAUAAAGGUUAUAAUAAUAAUAUUUAUUGAAACUUCAAAGAAUCUCGAUGCUUUUGAAGAUUGUUUCUACGCAUCUUAAGUGUUGUAAUCAGCUUUACUUGAUUGUUACAGAUGUAUUUUGUAUUCUUAAAAUAUCUAUACACAAAUUCAGGUAUUCUCAUAUAUGCAACUUUUGUCGACGUGAAAACAAGACUACUUGUUGUAUUUUGUAAUAAAACAUGUAGGAAACAUUGGAUAUGUUUAUAACAAAUGUGACUUUUUGUCUUUUAGUAUAUAAUGUGUAUUUAUUAGUACAUUGUAAAAUAAAGGUUUUAUCACGAAACAUGUUUUUUGUGAUCCAGCCAAUUUUACUUAUUGCAACAUUAGGAUGUUAGGAUAAUCCAGAUUUUACUUAUGGGCAAUUCCAUGCAAAUAUUCAACAUUGCCAAGAAAUGAAGUUUUUACCAAAGGUUUUGACCAUACUGAUUAUAUGAAUAUUUGGUUGUUUAAGUACUCAUGUAGGCCUAAGGACUUAAAGUUUGUCACAUCCAUAAUGUCUGUAUUCCUCAUA